GCGGUUCCUCCUCGCUACACCAAGGAUGGCCUCGACACUGUCGACCAGUACUUUGCCAUGGGCCGUGGCCACCAGAAGGACGGCAUUGACGUUCCCUCGCUGGAAAUGGUCAAGUGGUUCGACUCGAACUACCACUACGUCAAGCCUACCUUCCAGGACAACCAGACCUUCAACCUUGUCGAGACCCCCAAGGUUGUCUCCGACUUCCUCGAGGCCAAGGAGGCCGGUAUCAAGACCCGCCCUGUCAUUGUCGGUCCUGUGACUUUCCUCCACCUCGGCAAGGCCGACCGUGAGCAGUCUGUCGACCCCAUUGAUCUGCUCGAGAACCUCCUGCCUGUCUACGAGCAGCUCCUCGCCAAGCUCAAGGAGGCUGGCGCCGACACCGUUCAGAUCGACGAGCCCGUCCUUGUCUUCGACUUGCCCGCCAAGAGCAAGAACGCCUUCAAGCCUGCCUACGAGAAGUUCGCCAGCCUGGGUGCCAAGAUCCCCAACCUGGUGCUGACCACCUACUUCGGUGAUAUCGUCCACAACCUCGAGGCCCUGCCCAAGGACAUCCACGGUGUUCACGUUGACCUCGUCCGCAACCCUGAGCAGCUUGACACCGUUGUCGGCGCUCUUGGCCCCAAGACUAUCCUCUCUGCUGGUGUUGUCGACGGCCGCAACAUCUGGAAGACCAACUUCAAGCGUGCCAUUGAGACAGUCGAGGCUGCCAUUCAAAAGCUUGGCAAGGACCGCGUGAUCGCUGCCACCUCCAGCUCGCUCAUCCACACCCCUCACACCCUGGCCAGCGAGAAGAAGCUCGACCCCGAGAUUGCCGACUGGUUCUCGUUCGCCUCUGAGAAGGCCGUUGAGAUCGCCACCAUUGCCAAGGCUGUCACCGAGGGCCCUGCUGCCGUCCGCGAGCAGCUCGAGGCCAACGCCAAGUCCAUGCAGGCUCGUGCUACCUCCAGCCGCACCAACGACCCCAAGGUUAAGGAGCGCCAGGCCAAGAUCACCGAGCAGGACUACAAGCGCAAGAACGAGUUCCCUGCCCGUAUCGAGCAGCAGCAGAAGAAGCUCAACCUCCCUCUCUUCCCCACCACCACCAUCGGCUCCUUCCCCCAGACCAAGGAGAUCCGUGGCUACCGCAACAAGCUCACCAAGGGUGAGAUCACUGCGGAGCAGUACGACAAGUACAUUGAGAAGGAGAUCCAGGACAACGUCAAGAUCCAGGAAGAGCUUGGCCUCGAUGUCUUCGUCCACGGUGAGCCCGAGCGUAACGACAUGGUUCAGUUCUUCGGUGAGCGCCUUGACGGCUAUGCCUUCACCACCCACGCCUGGGUUCAGAGCUACGGUUCCCGCUGCGUCCGUCCCCCCAUCAUCGUCGGUGACAUCUCGCGUCCCGCUCCCAUGACCGUCAAGGAGUCCAAGUACGCCGUAUCAGUCUCCAGCAAGCCCAUGAAGGGCAUGCUGACUGGCCCCGUCACCUGCUUGCGCUGGUCUUUCCCCCGUGACGACGUUCACCAGUCCGUCCAGGCCGAGCAGCUUGGUCUCGCUCUCCGCGAUGAGGUCGUUGACCUCGAGAAGGCUGGCAUCGACGUCAUCCAGAUUGACGAGCCUGCUCUCCGUGAGGGUCUCCCUCUCCGCUCCGGCGAGGAGCGAACCAAGUACCUUGACUGGGCUGUCAAGGCUUUCCGUCUCAGUGCCUCGGGUGUUGAGGAUGCCACCCAGAUCCACUCCCACUUCUGCUACUCGGAGUUCCAGGACUUCUUCUACGCCAUUGCUGCCCUCGACGCCGAUGUUCUCUCCAUCGAGAACUCCAAGUCCGACGCCAAGCUCCUCAAGGUCUUUGUCGACGAGGCCUACCCUCGCCACAUCGGCCCCGGUGUCUACGACAUCCACUCGCCCCGUGUCCCCAGCGAGCAGGAGAUCAAGGACCGCAUCGCUGAGAUGCUUCAGCACCUCAAGCCUGAGCAGCUCUGGAUCGACCCUGACUGCGGCCUGAAGACCCGCCAGUGGAAGGAGACCAAGGAGGCCUUGACCAACAUGGUCAACGCUGCCAAGGCCUUCCGUGCCCAAUACGCCAAAUAAGUGUGCUGUCACACGUGCAUAGGGGACGUUGAAGAAUGAGAAACGACUGUGACAAUUAGUGUGCAAUUUGACAGCAGCUGCCUCAACGGCGGCUACGAUUUCAACAUCGGCGUUUGGGCCAAGGAAGGGGAUUGAAUAUUCAGCAAAGCAUGCAAAAAGUUUAGCCUGUGGUCAAAGGAUGCGACCAGGCUUGCAUUCAACAUAGAUGAUUAAUGAUGAACAUAUUAAGUAUUUCAGAAC